AUGGAAACUAAUAUUGUUAGCUCAGCUCGUGCAUCCAUAUUGCUCAAUGUCUCCUCACAGCAGUAUUCCUCUUCCUCGUUGCUCCGGCUUUCUCGUCGUACCCUUUUUACUUCCAAGAAUUUGAUGGGAAGCUCAAUAUUUGGAGCCCCUCUACGUUACGCGCCGAGAUCAUCGGUCAGAGUUUCCAAGGGAAAAAGUUCUGCACUGGUGACUAAGUGUGAGAUUGGUGAUAGCUUGGAAGAAUUUCUAACAAAAUCGACACCGGAUAAAGGGCUGAUUAGGCUAAUGAUGUGCAUGGGGGAAGCACUUAGGACGAUUGCGUUCAAAGUAAGAACUGCAUCUUGUGGAGGAACGGCUUGCGUUAACUCUUUCGGAGAUGAACAACUUGCUGUUGAUUUGCUUGCUAACAAGCUUCUGUUUGAGGCAUUGCAAUACUCUCACUUCUGCAAAUAUGCUUGCUCGGAGGAAAUCCCCGAGCUUCAAGAUAUGGGAGGCCCAGCGGAAGGAGGAUUCAGCGUUGCGUUUGAUCCGUUGGAUGGUUCGAGCAUUGUGGACACAAACUUCACCGUGGGUACCAUAUUUGGAGUGUGGCCUGGGGACAAGCUUACUGGGGUUACUGGUGCUCAACAAGUUGCUGCUGCCAUGGGCAUUUUUGGGCCCAGAACAACUUAUGUGCUUGCUCUUAAAGAUAUUCCUGGAACACAUGAAUUUCUCUUGCUAGAUGAAGGAAAAUGGCAGCACGUAAAAGACACAACGUCAAUCGGAGAAGGAAAAAUGUUUUCUCCUGGUAACUUGAGGGCUACUUGGGACAACCCUGACUAUGCCAAGCUGAUCGACUACUACGUACGUGAGAAAUACACGUUGCGUUACACAGGAGGAAUGGUGCCUGAUGUAAAUCAGAUCAUAGUGAAAGAAAAAGGGAUUUUCACGAAUGUGACGUCCCCAACAGCGAAAGCAAAGUUGAGAUUGUUGUUUGAGGUGGCACCUUUGGGAUACUUAAUCGAGAAGGCGGGUGGAUUUAGUAGCGAUGGCAAACAAUCGGUGCUGGACAAAGUGAUUACGAACCUUGAUGACAGGACUCAAGUUGCUUAUGGGUCCAAGAAUGAGAUUAUUCGAUUCGAGGAAACACUCUAUGGAACUUCCCGCCUCAAUCUCGCUCACCCUGUUGGAGCUGCUGCUUGA